ACUCAGGUUCACCACAAGAGUAACACAACUAACUCUCUUUUAAAAAAUAUAAGCCUUAGUCUUAAGCAACAAAGCUAGCCAUAUGGCUAACGAGAUGUGGGGUGUGAAAUUGGCUAUGCUGGUUGUCGGGCUCCUUGUUAUGGUGCCCGAAACCACGCAAUUGAACGUCGACCACCCUCUUUUUAGUGUGGUCCAGAGAGUUAACCUCGAGGCCGGCCCCUUCUUGGGGCUGGUCAUCUCUAGUGGUAGAGAUGAAAAAAUUCUAAUUAACUCCACUUAUUUCACUCCUCACACAUCUAUUCCUUCCCUCACCAUCUCCGGAAGAAAGUUUAACAUUGGAAAAUUCAACGACGUCCCUGCAAUCUAUGUUCUUGCUGGAGAGCCAUUGGCAAAUGUAGGUGUGACAGUUCAGAUUCUUCUAGAUACAUUCCGUAUCACUGGGGUCAUCAACUAUGGUGCUGCUGCAACUGUGAGCAACAAGGUGUUCAUUGCUGAUGUUGUUGUGCCCUCACAAGUCGCUUACACUGGUUCUUGGAGUUGGCAGUGCGCCAGUUUGGUUUUUGGAGACUACAAUUUACCAGAAGCAGGCGAAAAUUCUUUGGGGGUUGUUUAUGGAAAUUCAGUUCCCAUUUACACAUCAACAAGCUCAAAACAGAAGAAAGCCUAUUGGAUUAACGUCCACUCUGAUUGGGUUCAGCUUGCCUCCCAAAUCAAUUUUGGUGAACGUCCUACUGUUCACAUUGGUUCCGAUGUGAAAAUUGGCACUGCUGAUAUUUAUGUCAGCAAUGUGGCUUAUGCAAAAUUCCUCAACUCUAAACUUGGUGUGACCGCUGUGGAAACCGAAAGCGCUGCCGUUGUCACGACUGCCAUUGCAAAUGGAGUUCCACACAUAGUGUUCCGUGGAACAUCAAACAGACCUGGAUCCUCAUCAGACAAGAGAUUGUCCGAAGUCACCGCCAAAAAUGUUCUCAAGACGGUUGCCAAGUUCGUCGACGCCGCCUACCCUAUGCCCGCCAUCAGAAAAUACUCCAUUGUUAACUAAUUAAGUUUCAUGCAUGUAUCUGUUUCUUUUGCUUUGUUGCUUUGGCAAAUAGUUAAUGCUAAAAAUAAACAGGGGCUAAUGUAGAGGGGUGAGGAGGAGAAUAUAUAUGCUUUGUUGUUUUUGUUUUGAGCUGAUGUAUUUGUUGUGAAAUUGAAUAAGAACAAAAGAGCUACUCUUUUCGGUCCCAAA